AUGGCAACCGUAACAGACCCAACAUUCCGCUCCUACUCUGCUGAGGAGGCAAGGCUCUAUUCCGUAUCUCGACUUUCAUACUCUCAGAACGUAUACAAUAAAGUCCUUGAUCACCAUACUGCUACAGGAGGCAAAUUUGACCUUCUUCUCGAUGUUGGAUGUGGUCCAGGGAAUGCUACACGUGACCUAUCUCUGUCCUUUGACAAGACAAUUGGAGCGGAUCCUGGGGCGCAGAUGAUUGAGGCAGCCAAUGCGUUGGGAGGCAAGACCAAGUCAAGAAAAGCCAUUGAAUUUGUGGUAGCUGCUGCAGAGGAGAUAUCUCAGAUCAAGGGAUUGGAACCAGGCUCUGUGGAUCUCCUGACUGCUGCUAUGGCCGCUCAUUGGUUUGAUAUGGCCAAAUUUUGGGCUGAAGCAGCAAAGGUGGUCAAGCCAGGGGGCACAGUGGCUCUCUGGACUUGUGCAUCUUCUUUUGCUCGAGAUCCAUCAACUCCAAACUACGAAAAAGUUCAGCAAGUCCUCCUGCGUUUCGAAAGAGAGACUCUCGCACCGUACGAGCUUCCGGGGAACCGUCUCUCGAUGGAGAUGUAUGACAACUUACCCCUUCUGUGGAACGUAACUCCCCCUGUCAAAGACUUUCUGCAGUCGGAAUAUGUCAAGCAUGACUAUGAUCGAGAAGGAGUGUUGAGCAACGGUGUUGAUUUCUUUGGCGAGGGGUCAUUUACAACAUUGGAUGAAGAAAGCAAAGGCCUAAGUACCGCAAGCAUGGUCACAAGAUGGAGAGCUGCGAAUCCAGAGUUGGUUGACACAGAUAAAGAUGCCGUGAAGGUAUUUAUCCGGGAGCUGAAAGAAGUAUUGGGAGGACAGGACUGGAUACUGAGAGGCACGGGAACUGCAAUUUUGUUAUUCAAGAAGUCUGCUUGA